AUGCGUCGUGGCCUGCGGCGCCGCCGCCGCCAAGGACCACCUCUUCAAGGGUCGCAGGAGCAGCCGGGCCUGGUCACCAUCGCCAUGGAGGAGAUCCUCGACUUCGCGGCGUCCAUCGGCGGCACCGUCAGGGUCUCGUCCUACCAGGUGGUGCAGGACACCCACGUCUUUGAUCUGCUGGAGCCCAAGGAGCAGGAGGUCCUGGUGCUGGAGGAUGCCCAGGGCAAGACACACCUCAAGGGCCUCUCCAAGGUUCAUGUCAAGUCCAUUGAGGAUUUCACGCGGCUGGGUUGUUUCGAUGAGAACCAGGACAAGCAGCAGCCCACCAAAGCUUCUUCUUCUUCUACCCAGCAGCAACCCACUAAACCAUUUUCUACCCAGCCGCAACCCGCUAAAGCUUCUUCCACCCAGCUACCGGCCAGAGGGCACCAAGGCCUCAUCAUACACAUAUCUAGCUCUGACCAGGACGGCAAAGAGCGUCCCGUGGCCAAGAUCAACUUUCUCAGCCUCACAGACUAUGUGGACCCCAAGCAGAAGACCGGCGGUGCAGCAGCCGCUCUGUCGAGCGGCAACAAGUCCAUGUACACCCUGAUGAAUGUCGUGCAAGCGCUCAACAGCAACCAGAGCUUCGUUCCAUACAGGCAGAGCAAAGUGACUCGUAUUCUGCAAGACUCUCUGUGCAAGACGAGCGGGGCUGUGGUGAUCGCCUGCUUGGAAGAAGUUUCCUGCCAAGAUACGGUUUAUACUCUCAGCUUGGCCGCUCGCUCGAGUCAAGUGGCCACUCAAGCGGCUAACGAACAAUGCCGCAGGUCCACGAGUGUUACAAGUUUCAAAAGGGCAGAUGUUAACUUGUCUGCAGUUGCUAAAAGCUCCUCAAGGCCGAUUCUUUCUUCUACACACCAACCGAAUCCCGUGGUAGAGAAGCAGCAGGAUCGGCCCCAAUGGAAUAUGAGCGCAGUAAAAGCAGCUCGAACUCCCAUUGCGAAUAAGAGGUCUCAACCAACCAUGCAUCCAGCGAAAAAAUCUGAAAACUCGCUCCCUACUCCUAUCAAAGUUACCCAAAAGGCUGCUACACCCACAAUGAGCGGAAGGUCUCAACCAAACAUGCAUUCAGCAAAAAACCUUGAGAGCUCGCUGUCUACUCCUAUCAAAAUGCCUCCAAAGGAUGCUAAACCCACGAUGAGUGGAAGGUCUCAACCUGAAAGCGCGGUCUCUCCUCCAACCAAGAUGAAGCAAAAGGAUGCCAAACCCGCAAUGAGUGGAAGGUCUCAAGUAAUGAUGCGCUCAGCAAAGAAACUUGAAAGCUCGCUUUCUGCUUCUAUCAAAACAAAGCAAAAGGAUGCUAAACCUACUGCAACGAGUGGAAGUGCCUUAUUAUGCCCAAGCACCAAUUCAGCAAAGGAAGAGGCAGCAGUCAUUGCACCAGCAACAGUAACAGAAGUCGAGGAGAUACAAUCAUCACAAGGCAUGGAAAUCGAUGCUCCAUCAACAGAUGAGGGAUUUGACAAAACAGGCGAUGCUUUAGAUACUGUCCCAUCUGAAGUACAGAAGGUGGUCUCGAGUGGUAUGGCAAUCGGUGCCCCAUCUACAGAUGAGGGAUUUGAUAAAACAAGCGAUGCUCUGGAUACCGUAUCAUCUGAAAUACAGAAGGUGGUCUCAAGUGGUAUGGAGGAAGAGGACCAUUCAUCGUCAAGUCUGGAUGCAGCGAGUUCGUGUACCAUGGACUUGGGCGAAACCUGCUCUUCAAACAUUCCUGAUGCCUUUGUCGAGAAGACUCCAGUCAAAACUCACAUGAACACUCCAAAGAUCAGCGACAAGCUGAGAGAGAUAUCAAACUCACUGAAGCUUCUUAAUGCUCGUCCAUUGAGCGUAAUGGCACAAAAGGUAGCCAUGGAAAAGACACAAGAAGAGGGCAUGGAGAAGACGCAAAAGGUGGCCAUGGAAAAGACACAAGAAGUGGCCAUGGAAACAACACAAGAAGAGGGCAUGGAGAUGACACAAGGAGUGGGCAUGGAGAAGACAGAAGAAGUGGCCAUUGAAAAGACACAAGGAGUGGCCAUGGAAAAGACACAAGAAGAGGGCCUGGAGAUGACAGAAGAAGUGGCCAUUGAAACGAAACAAGAAGAGGGCAUGGAGACGACACAAGAAGUGGCCAUUGAAACGACACAAGAAGUUGCCACUGGAACGACACAAGAAGUUGCCACUGGAACGACACAGGAAGAGGGCAUGGAGACGACACAAGGAGUUGCUGUUGAAGCAGCACAAGAAGUGGCCAUUGAAACAACACAAGAAGUGGCUGUUGAAACAACACAAGUGGCCAUUGAAACGGCAGAAGAAGUGGCUGUUGAAACAAUACAAGAAGUGACUGUUGAGACGGCACAAGAAGUGGCCACUGAAACAACACAGGAAGUGGCUGUUGAGACGGCACAGGAAGUGGCUGUUGAAACAACACAAGAAGUGGCCACUGAAACAACACAGGAAGUGGCCACUGAAAUGACACAGGAAGUGGCUGUUGAAACAACGCAAGUAGUGGUGGCUGUUAAAACAACACAGGAAGUGGCCACUGAAACGACACAAGAAGUGGGCAUGGAAUGUGUCCAGGGUGGGACCAACAUAGAUGCACCUGAACCAAAGACGCCUGCGAUGCACCUCAAGGUCGAGCAACCAGCAGAUCCAAAGACUCCUGCGAUACACCUCAAGUUUGAGCAAGCAGCAGAUUAUCCGACUAGUUCAUUCAAGACUCGUAGCACCGGGAUAAAGAAAUCCAUAGUCCAGGAGUGCUUGAGUUUUCUCAACAGCGCUAACAAGGAGCAAUUGAAGAGCUUGAAGGGCAUCGGAGAGAAAAGAGCAAAUUACAUCAUCGAGCUUCGUGAGCAUUCACCGGAGCUGUUUAAAGGGAUAGAUGAUCUGAGGGAUGUCAUUGGAAUGAAUAAGACGGAGAUAAAAAAGAUGAUGGCGGGGAUCAUCAACAGCCCCUAA